GCGAGAUUGGAGCGGACUUCCCCCGAGUCUUCGUUCCGCUGCUGACUUCAGCGGCCGGUCGAGUCAAACCGAAUGAGUCAUCAUCGGUGAAGCUGCAUCUGGCCAACAUGUUUCUUCUCUCUGGUAUCACAGUGUUAGCUGUAGGGGUGCUGGCUGUGAAUGCGCUGCGUUUCAGUAACUCAUCCAGCAGCCUCUGCUCUGGAUCUACAGAAUGUUUGCAGUUUGAUCUGGUGUGCAAAACAGAGGAGUAUGAAGUGCGCCACUGCUCUCCUUCCCGCUGGGUGUCCACUGAUGCAGAGGCGUAUUUCAUGGGAGUGGGAGCAGCCAUGGCCUUCAGACGCCUCUACCAGUACAUCACUGGAGCCAACCAAGAAGGUGUUCAGAUGGACAUGGCCACACCAGUCCUGGUCAGAGUGCCAGAGGAGACUCAGAUGUGGGAGCCAGCUAUCUACACCCUCAACUUCCUGCUCCCUUCAGUCUAUCAGGACAAUCCUCCUGUACCAACCAAUGAUAAGUUGUAUUUUACAGACAUGCCGGAAAUGGAUGUCUAUGUAAGGAGUUACGGUGGUUGGAUGCUAUCAAUCACAUCUAGACUCCACGCCCACCUCCUAACCAAGGAGCUCCAGAGAGUUAACGCUUACUACAACCACACACACCACUACGCGGUGGGUUACGACAGUCCUCUGAAGCUCUUAAACAGACACAACGAAGUGUGGUACGUGGUGGACAAUGAGCCCGUGUGUGAUGGAGUGAGCCACAGUCCCCCCCGUGAUCUUCCUCCCACUACAACCACCGCCACCACCACCAGUACCACUGGUACCACUGUUGCUCCGCCCACCUCUGCUUAGCCAGCCUUCAAAGAAGAGAGGUAGAACAGACUGCAGAUGAAAUGCACAUGUGGAGAGUGGUGUGUGGUUGGGUGUGUGGUUGGGUGUGUGUGUGUGGGUGGGUGUGGGUGUGUGGUUGGGUGUGUGG